UGGAAGACAAGCUGUUUUGUUUCAUCAAGAAAUUGCAGUAACUGUAAAGAUUUGCCAGGUGUGGUAAAACACCUAAUGAGACAUUCUCUGUAGCCUGAAUGGCUACGGAGUUCUUCUAAAAGAGUAAUUUUGUCGCAUCAAUUUUAAGUAUCAAGAGAAGUGACAGACAAGCCUAUUCAGAAGGGUUCCUCGUGUGGGUCUGUUUGUGGUUUCCUUCUACCUACCAAGAGCUUGUCUGCAGUUUUUUUGAAUACUCAAUAAGAUUUGAAAGGAAAUAAUUCAACGGCUAAAGGGAAAGCUGCUCCGAAAAAUACCAGGUUUUAUUUAAUCUCUCUCGCACUUUGGUCUUAUUUCUGAAACUUCACCCAGUACACAUGAGCAGGAUGGAGAAAGGGUGAUCUGAGAGACAGCUGUGGAUGGUGUUGUGCAGACUGCAAUUUCAAAUCAGUCCCAGAUGUUAUCUUUUAGAGCUGGUGUCAGAAAACAAGCAGAAGUGAAGGAUCAUCAUUGUCCUGAUUGGAACUGGCAACCCAAAGAUUGACAAAUGAUGUCUCUGGGCUUUGGAAAAAGCCCCUUGCACCCUUCAACACUGUAGCUGCUGUGUGAGAUAAUGGAAGGUAUUUGGAUCAACAGAUAUCGGAAGCAACUGGUAAAAUCCAUCAGCGGACCCUUUCUGGAGACUAUAAUCCGUUAUAUGAAGAGACAGGAUUUGAUCAGUGCUGAAGAAGUGAAUCAGAUUCAGGAACUGAGUACCCUGUCAGACAAAGUAAAGACAGUCAUUGAUGUUCUAGCUGGUAAAGGGAACACAGCCUCAGAAUCACUGCAGACCUUUAUAGAAACCACUAACUCGCAGCUGUAUCUUUCCAUUACCAUUUAUGAGCCAAUGGUACAGAAACAUAUCGAGGUUCUACAGAGCAAAUUUGGUAGUGGGAAUGACAUCAGUGCAAUGUGUGAGAAGCCCUUCCUGGAAAGACUGACCAAUCUCUUACUAAUUGAUGGGCUGACGGACAUCCAACAGAAAGAACAUGAUGUGAUGCAAACUGAGGCCACCAGAGGGAUGAAGAACAGCCUGAGACAUACCCCAUUGGAAAGGCUCUUCCUCCCCCUUUCAAAGGUUAACAUCCCGCCACGCAUUUCAGUAACAGUUGGGGUGGCUGGAAUUGGUAAAAGCACUUUGGUGAAACUAUUGUUGUACAAAUGGCUGAAGGGGGAGUUGUACAGAGAUGUAACUUUCAUAUUGCCUUUCAUGUUUCGAGAACUGAACUCCUUUGAAAGAAUAUCUGCCGAAAAGCUGCUCAAGUUGACCUUUCCCCACAUUACUGAAACCAACCACAUCCUGAAUGGGACAGCAAAGGUGGUGCUUAUCUUUGAUGGUCUGGAUGAGUUCAAGUAUCCACUGGAAUUUUCAAACUCCCAGAUAUGCACUGACCCAAAAAAAGACAUCCAGAUUGACAACUUAAUCACCAACAUAAUACGAGGUACCAUCUUUUCCCAGGCAACUGUAUGGAUCACUUCACGCCCAACAGCAGCAAGUCAAAUUCCUGCUGGACUCGUGGACAGAAUGACAGAACUCAGGGGCUUUGGGGAAUUGGAGAUUAAGGACUUCUUGGAAACACUCUUUGAAGAAAGAACAAUGGCAAUGCAGGUCUUUCUGUGUAUAAAGGCCCAUAAAUCACUAUACAUAAUGUGCUCUGUCCCAUCCUUUUGUCUGAUGAUUGGGCUGUCCCUUGCAUACUACCUCAGAAUCAGUAAUGAUGGUGUUAAGACUGGAAAUUUCCCAAGGACAAUGACAGAAAUCUAUACGUAUUUUUUCAAGAUGAUUCUCAAUGGAGACUGGCAGGAAAAGGAACAGGAUGCACUGAAGAUUGAACAAACAUUCAGUAAUAACAAGAAAUUAAUAAUUAACCUAAGUAAGCUGGCAUUUUAUGGGUUAAUCAAACGCAAGUUUGUUUUCUAUGAACAAGACAUGAAGGCAUAUGGCAUCGACCUCACCUCACUACAAGGGAGCUUGUGUACUGGGAUCUUCAGCAAGGAUGACUCCAAUAUCUGUACAGUUUACUACUUUACACACAUAACCAUACAGGAGUAUCUAGCUGCCAUUUAUUAUUAUACAGCAGCCAAAAGGGCCAUAUUUGACCUCUUCACAGACAGUGCUAUGUCUUGGCCCAAAAUAGGGUUCCACAACCAUUUUAAGAAUGCAAUCAGUAAGUCCCUCCAGUCAGAAGAUGGUCAUUUGGAUGUAUUUGUACGAUUUCUUUCUGGGCUGCUCUCGCCAGAAGUGAAUGGAUUGCUGCAGGGCCUGCUCCUGACAAAGGAUGAACAAAACAGCUAUCGGGCAUCAGUGAUGCACCACCUGCAAUGCUGCCUCAACACCGACUACAUCAUCUCCUCGCGAACAGUCAACAUAAUGCAUUGUCUCCAUGAGCUGCAGCACACUGAGAUUGCUAAAGGGGUGGCAGAUGCCCUACGAACAGGGAGUCUGGCUGGGAGGCUGACUCCCAUAAACUGCUCAGCAUUGGCCUAUCUCCUGCAGGUGUCUGAGGAAUGCAUGGAAGAGACCAAUCUUUCCAACUGCCUGAGCUAUAAUAUCUUCAAGAGCUUGCUCCCCCGUCUACUAUACUGCCAUAAUCUCAGGCUGGAAAACAACCAGUUCAACGACAAUGUGAUGGAUCUAUUGGGCAGCUUGUUGAGUGCAAAGGACUGCCAGAUCAAAAAGAUUAGUUUAGCUGAAAACCUAAUUGGCAAUAAAGGAGCUAAAGCAAUUGCUCGGUCACUGAUGGUGAACAGGACUCUGGCUGCAUUAGACCUUAGGAGCAAUUCAAUUGGUCCCAAAGGAGCCAAAGCAUUUGCUGAUGCCUUGAAGAUAAACCAGGGUUUGGUCUCAUUGAAUCUUCAGAAUAAUUUUGUGGCUGAAGAUGGGGCAAAGUUCACCGCAGAAGCUCUUCAUGUGAAUCGCAAACUAACUGUAUUAAACCUUCAAAAGAAUUCUAUUGGCCAUGAAGGUACCAAGCGGAUUGCAAGUGCCUUAAAGCAUAAUGGGAUCUUAAAGGAACUCAUCUUGUCCAGCAACUGUGUGGGUGAUAUUGGAGCUACUGCCAUAGCUGAAGCCUUGAAAGUGAACAGAAGCCUCACAACACUCAACCUCCAGAGUAAUUCCAUAAGUAACAAUGGUGCCACUGCCCUUACUGCAGCUCUCAAACUGAAUGAAGGCCUCAUCAACCUGAACCUUCGAGAAAAUUCCAUUGGUCUUAAUGGUGCAAUGGAAAUUGCGAAUGCACUACGUGUGAACAAGGUGCUUAGAUCCUUGGAUUUAACAGCGAACUUGUUACAUGAUGAGGGAACAGCAGCAAUCGCUUCAGCUAUCCGCGAGAAUCAAACUCUUACAUCUCUGCAUCUUCAGUGGAACUUCAUCAGUUCAGAAGCUGCAAAAGCUUUAGCUCAAGCACUACAGUCCAAUCACAGCAUCACCAGCCUUGACCUUCAGGAAAACAGCAUUGGAGAUGAAGGGAUCAUUGCUCUUUCAGCUGCACUCAAAAAUAACUCCGUGCUGACCUCUUUGUACCUACAGGGGACGUCAGUGAGUGUGAGAGGUGCAAAGGCUUUGGCUGAUGCUUUGCUGGUGAAUAACAGCUUGAUGACUCUGGACCUCCGAGGAAACAUGGUGGGUGUGGCUGGGGCAAAGGCAAUCGCUAAUGGUUUAAAAGUCAAUAACAGUCUCCAGACUCUCAACCUUCAAGAAAAUUUUUUGGGACUUGAUGGAGCAAUGUGCAUUGCAAUUGCUUUGAAAUACAACCGCAGCCUCAGCCACAUCAAUCUCCAGGGCAACAGGAUUGGAGAAUCAGGGGCAAAGGUCAUUGCUGCUGAAAUAAGAAGCAAAUCUCCGCACUGUGUUGUUGAAAUAUGAAAUAAGAAGAGGCCAUGUUGGAAUCCAAGCAAUAUUGACCAGCUCAGAAUACCUCCUUCCUCCCAGAACACAUUCCUUUGUACUCAAAUGCUUUGUACACUUUGAAUUGAUCACUGGACAGGCCAUAAUGUCUCUGAUAGGUGUGAACGGUGUGGUGAUCCCCAAUCUUUACGCUUUCUAGCAGACAUAUGCAGAAGGUGGUGUCCAGCUCCCCCCCCACACACAAAAAAGACACACAAGAUACUGUUGAACAUAAGGAUAUUUCCAUUUAUGGGAGUGGAUAACAUUAUUAAGCGACUACACAUGAAAUAAUUACUUCAAAUUCAAUCAUUGUGAAAAGAUUAACCUAGCACUGUCCCUAAUGCAGACUAUAACAUAUUGUUUUCUAUUUUCACCUGUCUGAAUAAUUUAACUUAUUGGACUGUCCACAUAUGUCACUGGGCACUGUAUGACUGAUACUGCUGCUGUCUGUAGCCCCAUGGCAUCAAAAGCACAGGAACAGUAUUUUAACACCAAAAACCUAGUAGGGUUUCCAUAGACCAAACAGCAGCAUUGUGGCUAAUUAUCAUUCAUAAGUAAAUCACAAGGACUAUUUCAUAUAAUCAGCAGUAGUGUUUAAGACAAGUUAGACCAUAUGAUGAUUUGGAUUAUUCUUGGAUUAAUUUAUAUAGGAAAAAUAGGGAAAACAAUCUAAAAGGGUUCCAUUUUAAAGGUGGGGGGCAUGGAGGAACAGUGGGAACUAGGGGUUUAAUGUGCACAUUAUUCAAUGAAGUAUCAAGAUUCUUGGCUUUAUAGAUAGGGACAUAGGUUAAAAUUAAAAAAGAAGAAAUGAAAAAUCUCUGUGAAACACUGAUUCAGCCCUAACUGAAGUAUUGUAUCCAAUCCUGGGCACCAUACUUUAAGGAAGGAUUUGACAACAUUAGAGAGGGUGCAGAAGCUGAGGCUGUUCUCCUUUUGAGAAGAUUGUAAAGAGAUUUGCUAUUGAGACAUGCAAACUCAUCAGGAGUCUAGACAUGAUAGAAGAAGCUGAUCAUAUUUGUAGAAAAAUCAAGAACCAGAGGAUACAAAUUUAAAUUGAUGGCAAGAAAAAUAACAAGGAAAAGUUUUUUUUACAUGGUGUUAGGAUCAGAAUUCACUGGCUAAUCGUGUGGUAGAGACAGAUUCAGUUGUGGUUUACAAAGGGGAAUCAGAUCAUUAUCUGGAGGGAUAGCAAUGCCAGAGAGAAGGACAAAAGAUGAGGGAAUUGCUCUUGCAGAGAACCAGCAAGGACAUGAGAGUCUGAAUAGCCUUUCUCUUAUGACCAUUCUGUGACUCCAUUGUAAACAGAUAUGUCCUCAUGGACAAGACGCUUGUCUAUAAUCCUCUGGUCAAUAAGAAGUGAGUUUGUGAUUUGGCUUCCACCUUCUUCCAUUAAUUAUUGCAACUUUCUGUAAAACUCAGCAUGACCAGUUAUUGUUUGAUGAGGCUGUGUGGAGUAGUGGUGAAUAGGUAGGAGGAUUGAGUAAGUAAUAGUUCUGUAUGUAUAUAUGUUAUUUACAAUACAAA